AUGCAGGCACACGAGGAGACAGACUACCUGCAGCAGCAGCAGCAGCAGCAGCAGCAGCAGCAGCAGCAACAACAGCAGCAGGAGCAGCAACAGCAGCAGCAGCAGCAGCAGCAGCAGCAGCAGCAGCAGGAUACAAAGGAGACAGUUGAGGGUCUCCUUUUGUCUCUGCGGCAAACAAAACUAACAGAGACAGAAACACAGAGAGAAAAUAAACAAAUAAAAGGAGACAGAAAGGAGACAGAAAUAUAUAAACAAAAAGGAGACAGCAAGGAGACAGAAAUAUAUAAACAGAGAAAAGACACAAACACAAAAGGAGACAGCGAAAAAGGAGACAGUAAAAAAGGAGACAGUGUAGAGACAGAGACAGAGACAGACAGAGAAGAAAGAGAAAAAACAAAAAACAAAAGAGACAGAGAAGAGACAGAAACAAAAAAAGGAGACAGAGAAAGAGACAGAGAAGAGACAGAAACAGAAAAAGGAGACAGAGAAAAAAAAGGAGACAAUCAAGAGACAUAUCUCCCUUCUGUGCUGCGGCGAGUUGCUUCGGACGUUGCUGCUGCUGCUGAUGAAGCUGCUGCUGCUGUUGCUGCGCUGCGUGAGUGGAGAGAAAAACAGCAGCAGCAGCAGCAGUUGCUGCUGCUGCUGCAGGACCAGCAGCAGCAGCAGCAGCAGCAGCAGCAAGAAGAAGCAAACACUAUCUCAGGUGUCUCCGCAGCUUCAUCUCUGCUUACACAGCUGCAGCAGCUGCACGAAACUGUCUUGGGGCCCCCAGGCGGUGCAGCAGGGGGGCCCCCCGGUACCCUUGGGGGCCCCCCUGCUGCAGGCAGCCUCGUACACACAGUAGCAACAACGCAGCAGCGAAGCGGCUGCAUACAGCAGCUCAUCUCAGACACACACAACAGCGCAGCAGCAGCAGCAGCAGCAGCAGCAGCAAAAGAGGUACUUGCUGCUGCUGCAGCGCAGCAGCAGCAACAGCAGCAGCAGCAGCAGCAGCAGCAACAGCAGCAGCAGCAGCAGCAGCAGCAACAGCAGCAGCAGCAGUUACAACAGCUGUUGCGACUAGUAGUGUAG